GGUCCAUAUUAUAAAAAAAUGUCCAAGGAUGAGAAAAUAGAGACUAGUAUGCGAGAGCUGUCAGUGUCGACUGAUACAGUCUCUGUGGUCGCUCAAGAAGAAAAACCGAAAAAGGAGAAAAAAGGAAAGAAGCCAAAACCACCUAUGGUCUCCAUGAGAAAGUUAUUUCGAUUUGCAACUAAGAAGGAGAAAGUAUUAAUUGUCAUUGCUAUUAUUUGCUCAGCCGGUGCUGGUGCACUGCAACCUAUCGCUAUUCUUAUUUAUGGUAACUUCAUCAACAAUUUGACUGCCUCCCUAUCAGAUACCAGCAAAUUACUCGAAAAUGUUUUGCCAGUGAUUCACUUGAUGCUUAUUUUGGGUUCCGUAGCCAUGAUUGCAGCAUACAUUUCAAAUUGCUUGUGGGUUCUUACAGGUGAAAGUCAAACCCGUAGAAUUCGCUCCUUGUAUCUCAAUUCUGUAUUAAAACAAGAUAUGAGCUGGUUCGAUGCUGCAGAAGAUGGUUCCUUAAAUACUAGAUUGGCCUCUGAUACUCAAAUUGUUCAAGAUGGUAUUUCUGAGAAAUACGGUCAAUUCGUUACUCUCAUUGCUCAAUUUACUGCUGGUUUUGUUGUAGCACUUAUUAGAGGUUGGCAGUUAGCUCUUGUCAUGUUAUCCAUCGUUCCUAUACUUGUUGGAACCGGUAUUGCUAUGGCUCACUUUAUUACUAAAUACACAGGAAUGGCCCAAAAGUCAUAUGCGGAAGCUGGCUCCGUUGCUGAACAAGCCUUUCAAUCUAUUCGUACAGUAUAUUCUUAUACCCUUCAAAAGCGAUUUGCGGAGCGUUAUAGUGAGAAAUUAGAAGAUGCAAGUGUGGUAGGUGUAAAGCGUGGUAUUGCUAUGGGCUGCGGUUUUGCUACGUUUAUGUUUGUCCAGUUCUCUAGUUUUGGUUUGGCAUUAUGGUAUGGCUCUUCUCUUGUUAUCAAUGGUACUUUGACUGGUCCAAGGGUCUUCGUAGUAUUUUUAGCAAUGAUGAUGGGUAGUAUCGCAUUUUUAAAAUUACCUCCCAACUUGUCUGCUGUCUCCAGUGCAAGAGGUGCUGCUUUUAAAUUGUUUGAAAUUAUCGAUCGUGUCCCUGCUAUCAACCCUGACUCCGAAAAUGGCAUCAUUCCUUCUACCGUGUUGGGUUCAAUUCAAUUCAAGGAUGUUGUCUUCAAAUAUCCCACACGUCCUGAUCUUGUUAUUCUCAAGGGCCUUAAUAUCAAAAUCGAGCCUGGUAUGACAGUAGCCUUUGUUGGACCCUCUGGAUCCGGCAAAUCAACUACUAUUCAACUCGUCCAGCGUUUCUAUGACGCCUUGAGUGGAGAGGUUACUCUUGAUGGACAUAAUGUCAAAGAUCUUAAUGUGAGAUGGCUUCGUCAGCAAAUUGGUGUGGUCUCUCAAGAGCCUGUUCUGUUCAAUAUGACAAUUCGACAAAAUUUGCUUAUGGGUACGCAAGAGGAUGUUUCAGAGAAGGAUAUCAUUUCAGCUUGUAAAGAGGCCAACUGUCAUACAUUUAUCACACAAUUACCAAAUGGAUACGAUACGCUUGUUGGCGAACAGGGUGGUAUGUUAUCAGGAGGACAAAAGCAACGUAUUGCUAUUGCUCGUGCUAUUUUAAAGAACCCUACCAUUUUGUUAUUGGAUGAGGCUACAUCAGCUUUGGAUACACAGUCGGAACGUUUAGUCCAAAAUGCGCUCGACAAAGCUUCAGCUACUCGUACCACAAUUGUUGUUGCUCAUCGUCUUUCGACCAUUAUUAAAUCAGAUCUUAUUGUUGUGCUCUCUCAGGGUGAAAUCACAGAACAAGGUACUCACGAAGAAUUGAUUAAUUUAAACGGUGCCUAUGCCAACUUGGUUAGAAAACAAGCGAUUGAUGUCAAAGAAAACGGUGGUUCUGAAAAUGUCGAGUCAGAAGAAGAUCCCGAAACACUUUUACGUCAAGAAGAAUUGGAAGUACAAAAGAAGAUUGAAGAACAAGAAAGAAACGCUCUUCAUCCCGUGCCAACAACUCAUACAACCAACAGUCAUUACGACGAGGAGAAGUUAAAGGCAACCAACGAAAUUGAUGCCUACGACCUUAAGAUCCAAGAAGCUACCAGAAUUAGGAAGGAAAUGAGUAAGCAACGUGCUCCAUUCUUAAAGGUCUUCCUUGCUUUACGAGAAGAAUGGAAAUUUUUGUUUGCAGGUGUUUGUGGUUCUGCUCUCGCUGGUUGUAUCUUUCCGGUUUAUGCCUUUUCUUUCUCUCACGUUGUUACCAUUCUCAGUUUAAACGAUAGCGGUCAAAACAUUCGUCCUGGUCCACUUUUAGGAACAAAUUUAUACUCCUUUAUUUUUGCUAUGCUUGGUAUUGCUUCUUUCAUUGGUAACGGUACUCAAUUUUCAUGUUACGAAAUAUGUGGUGAAAAGUUCUCCAAGCGUUUCCGUGCCAAGAUUUUUGAGGCUUAUUUAAGACAGGAGAUUGGGUUCUUUGAUAUCGAAGAGAAUAAUACAGGCGCGCUCACUACAAAAUUAGCAGUCGAUGCAAGAAAUGUCAAUGAAAUGAUUACCAAGGUGUGGGGUGAUGUAACACAGCUUACUGCCACCAUUGUUAUUGGUUUAGGUCUUGCGUUAUCCUACAGCUGGAAGCUCUCUCUAAUUACACUUUGUAUGGCUCCAUUGCUCACUCUCGCAACUGCUUACGAAUUCCGUGUGCAAAGAGGCUUUGAAGAUAGUACCAAGAAGGCAAAUGCCCAAAGUGGUCAAGUGGCUGGUGAAGCUAUUCGAGAGGUUCGCACUGUCGCAUCAUUGAACAAGCAAUCUCAUUUUGAAGAACGUUAUUACCACGCCACUGAUCGCCCACAUCAACUCGCUGUCAAGAAGGCUUAUCUUUCAUCCAUUGCUGCUGCUUUUAGUAAAGGUAUCAACAUGUACACCAGUGCCGUUGCUUUCUAUGCCGGUGCACGAUUAAUCGCCAACAAUGAGAUUACUUUCCAACAAAUGUUUACCAGUAUGACUGUCAUCAUGACUACGGCUGAAGCUGCUGGUCGUUGUACAACGUUUGCUUCCACAUUUUCAAAGGCCAAGUAUGCCGCUAUUGCUUCUUUCGAAGUACUUGAACGUCAACCCCAUAUUGAUCCCGAGUUAGAAGGAAUUGAACCCAAGACUGGAACACUUGAAGGUGAUAUCGAUUUUAAGAAUAUUAAGUUUGCUUAUCCUGCUCGUCCCGAAAUCUCCAUCUUUGACGGCCAAUUCAAUUUCAGCGGAAAGCCAGGCCAGACUAUAGCAUUAGUGGGCCCCUCAGGUUGCGGUAAAUCAACUACGAUUGGUAUGCUUCAACGUUGGUACGAUCCACUCAAGGGAUCUGUUUCUCUCGAUGGUAAUAAUGUCAAGUCUUAUUCUGUAUAUAACCUCCGUAGUCAUAUGGCUUUGGUGUCUCAAGAACCUUGUCUUUUUGACAUGUCGAUCGGUGACAAUAUUCGAUUUGGUAUUGAUGACGGUAUUAUCGUUUCUCAAGAAGAAGUGGAGGCAGCGAGUAAAUCAUCAAACAUUCAUCAAUUUAUCAAAUCGCUUCCCAAAGGCUACGAUACCCGUGUGGGUGAUAAAGGAUCUCAACUCUCUGGUGGUCAAAAACAGCGUAUUGCUAUUGCUCGUGCCCUGAUCCGUAAACCCAAAGUGCUGUUAUUGGAUGAAGCUACUUCUGCACUCGAUAGUGAAUCGGAGCGUCUUGUUCAAGACGCACUCGAUAACAUUCUCCAAGAAGGUGGAAGAACCACAAUCACCAUUGCACAUCGUUUAUCCACGAUCAAGGACGCAGAUUUGAUUUGUGUCGUCAAGAACGGCAUGAUUAUUGAACAAGGCACUCAUUGGGAACUUCUUCAAUUGAACGGUGCUUAUAGCGAAAUGGUUAAUCAACAAUCCUUAUCCGUCUUAUAAAAAAGGGUCUUUACAUCCUUUUGCCUUAUCAUCUUAUUUAUUUCACUCUAUUACCCUUUACUUUUUUUUCAUAAUAAAUUUAACAUUGUAUACCUCAAUGGUUUUCCCCUCAAAUG